AUAUUGUACUGAUCAGUGUAGAGUGCAACACGUCAGUGCGUUGUGUGCAGAAUUUGCACAUUUGGAGACCAUGAGCACGGAGAAGAAUUUCUAUGGGAAAUAUGAUGAACCAAAGAAAUUUGAUCCAUCAUUCAAAGGGCCAAUUGCAAACAGGAGCUGCACUGACAUCAUCUGCUGCUUAAUCUUCUUUGUGGCCAUCUUAGGAUACUUUGUUGUAGGCAUAAUAGCAUGGACACAUGGAGACCCUCGGAAAGUGAUCUAUCCGACUGACAGCCGUGGCGAAUUCUGUGGUCAAGUUGGAAGCCAGAAUGAACACAAACCAUUUCUUUUUUAUUUCAACAUUCUCAAGUGUGCUAGCCCUCUGGUACUGCUGGAGUUUCAGUGCCCAACCACACAGACCUGUGUUAGUAAAUGCCCAGAAAGGUUUGACAGCUUCAUAACAACACAUGCACAGCUUAAGGUGAAACCAGAGAGAUGGAAGUAUUACACUCAGUUCUGUAAACCAGGCUUUAAUGAUUCCACUAAGACACCUGUUCAAGUGUUUAAGGAUGGGGACUGUCCUGCCUUUAUAACUCCAAACAAGCCUUUUACCCGAAGAUGCUUCCCUGACCUCAAAAUUGAAAAGGGUGUGGUUAAAAUCGGCAACAAGACUACGUUCAGUGGCGAGGACGGUGGAUCCGUAAAUGUUACGAGUCUGCUGGAAGGAGCCAAGGGAGCAAAUAUAGUUCUUGACGCCAGAGAGGUGGCAAUGAAGAUAUUUGAAGAUUACACCAAAUCUUGGUACUGGAUUUUGAUUGGUAUGAUUAUCGCACUGGUGGUCAGUCUACUCUUUGUCAUCUUGCUACGCUUCAUCGCCGCUUUUAUGAUAUGGUUAAACAUACUGCUGGUCAUUGCUGUUCUUGGCUAUGGUAUUUAUCACUGUUACAUGGAAUAUGCAAAAUUGAAAGGAGUAUCAGGGUCAGAGGUGACAAUCACAGACCUGGGCUUCCAGACUGACCUGCGAGUGUACCUGCACCUGCGGCAGACCUGGCUGGCAUUCUUGAUCAUUCUGGCAAUCAUGGAAGUUAUAAUCAUUCUGAUGUUAAUAUUCCUACGGAAAAGGAUUCUGAUAGCGAUAGCCCUUCUCAAGGAAGCAAGCAGAGCUGUCGGAUGCAUUAUGUCCACUCUGGUCUAUCCUAUCAUCACAUUCAUGCUGCUGUUACUCUGCGUUGCUUACUGGGGCGUUACAGCUGUCUUCUUGUCAACUUCUAGCGAACCAGUUUAUAAAGUGUUUGCAAAUGAGAAUACCUGCAAUUACAGCAUGAAAACAUGUAAUCCCAAAACCUUCAAUGUUUCCAACAUCAUAAAGCAGUGCCCAGAAGCACAGUGUCUGUUUGCAUUCUAUGGAGGCGAGUCUUAUUAUCAUCGGUACCUCAUCCUGUUCCAAUUCUACAACGUCUUCCUCUUCUUCUGGCUCACCAAUUUCGUCAUCGCCCUGGGGCAGGUUACACUUGCGGGAGCUUUUGCUUCUUACUAUUGGGCCUUUAACAAACCAGCCGAUGUGCCAGCUUGCCCCGUGUUUUCUUCAAUGGGACGAGCACUCAGGUACCACACUGGUUCCUUAGCGUUUGGAUCUCUCCUCUUAGCCAUUGUCCAGGUUAUCAGAGUAAUAUUGGAAUAUAUAGAUCAGAAAGUGAAAGGUGCAAAGAAUAAAUUAGCACAAUUUAUAUUAUCCUGCCUGAAAUGUUGCUUCUGGUGUUUGGAGAAAUUCCUGAAAUUUUUGAACAGGAACGCUUAUAUAAUGGUUGCAAUCUAUGGGAAAAACUUCUGCACCUCAGCAAGGAAUGCAUUCUUCUUGUUAAUGAGAAAUAUCAUUCGGGUGGUUGUUUUGGACAAAGUCACGGAUUUCCUGCUGUUUCUGGGCAAAAUGCUUAUUGUUGGAGGAGUGGGUGUCCUUGGAUUCUUCUUCUUCACCAAUCAAAUAAUAAUCAUUGAGGACAAGGCACCAACUCUGAACUACUACUGGGUUCCACUGCUGACUCUGAUCGUGGGUUCCUACCUUGUCGCACACGGAUUCUUCAGUGUGUACGCAAUGUGUGUGGACACUCUGUUCCUCUGUUUCUUGGAAGACCUGGAAAGGAAUGAUGGCUCGAGUGAGAGACCCUAUUUCAUGUCCAAGGCACUCCUGAAGAUCCUGAAAAAAAGUAAUCAAUGAGGACUGUUGAGUGUAGUCUGCAGAUCAGGACAAGCCUGUACCGGAAGAACAUGAAGUCUCACUGGAUCAACCCUGUCACCUAAUAGUGCAAGGAGCAAAACCAUCCGAACAUAGAGAGCUUGUUAAAGUUCCAGCCUUGACGUGCACUCAACAAUGGCUGGGGUCCACUUUGUGAGAGUUUUUUCUGCAUUACAGCUGUCUCCAGCUGCACCCUAAUGUGCCAAAAAUGGGUCAUGGUUUGAGAUAAAAUUGGGUUGUUAUCGUCUGAGAGACAUUGUAUUUUAUAAAUUAUAGAAGGUAGAAAAGUCCAGAUGUCCGCACUUGUACAUGGCAGACACUUGCUUCACACUUCCUGCUCAGAUUAUCACAGUGUCAUGAACAGGGUCAAAUGGCAUUGAUAGACUCCAGAGUGGUAGUUGCAGCUAAGUUUGGUGUACUAUGACCUGGCUUUAGUGCUCUGCUUAGCCUGGUUUGCUAUAACUGGCCAGGUUUUUGCGUUCUCGGCUGGUACGCAGGCAGUUUGCUGUCUGUCUACUUCUAACCGUACACAUGCUGAAUGUUUUUUCCUUCACUCCUUACCUCCUGACAGUGCUGACUGUUACCUGUGGCACAAGUUCCAGUGGUGCUGGAUGACCCGCAGUACCCGACCCUCAUACUCACCCUUGAUGUACAAGGCUAGAUAGUGAGGACUUUAUAUACUGCUUAAAAAUAUUUCUGAGAUAUGCAUCCAAUACCUUCUAGUCUCUUCCCUAAAGUUAGUGCAGUUUGUGUCCUACUCCAGGGAAGAGGUAAGAGUAAAUUGAAUGUUAAAUGUCCAAAGCCGUUGAAACAAAAAUAAUCUGAAAUGUCAGUGAGUGGCAUACUAUAGUAUUACUGCAGCUCUUGGAGGCUUGCUAUGAGUUGCCAUGGUUUGCUUGCCGGCUUAAGAUGGUGAGUAACUUGUUUAGGGAUGUUUAAAUCACGUGCUUUUCAUGCUGUCACGGACAGUACAUUUAUCUAAAGAAAAAUAUCACCAUCUUGCUCACAAAAUUUGGUAUUGAGUUCAGUCCCUUGGGCCCUUGGAGUUAGGCAACAGAACCUCAUGUAUAUUUGUUAAGGAUAAUAAUGAAGCUUUAGCUUUUUUUAAAUGACUGAUAUUUUCUGAAGACCUUAUUAAAUCCAAGUGGUAGAUACAAACCUCCCUCAAUCAGAGAAGGCUCAGCCUAACUCAGAAGCAAUUUGUUUGUUUUAUUGGUUUUAUAAAAAAAGUUAUUUUAACAAUGAUAAAGAUUUAGCUUUAUUGUAUAAAUGACAUUACAACAUUGACUGACUUUGAAUAAGUUUGUCCUUGAUAUUGCUUGCUCAUACAUAUAUAACAUAUGGGUGUAAAGCCAAUCUCUCUUUCUGCAUGCCAUAGUUAUCAGCCAGUCAAAUAAAUUGUUAUUGUUACUUUUGUAAACUAAGGAGGCUGUUUUGAAUACAUUCAUGCCAUGAAUUGUUGGAAUUUAAACCUGUCCUGUAGCAGAUUGAUUCCACAGGAUUGGUUCUUGCCAUAGAGAGCAUUCCAUAUAAAAUUAAAAGUGCCUGAUGAUA